CUUAGACAGGAUGUUAUAUGCUGGAGCGUAUAUAAAGCUCCUCGAGUAGAUCGAAAACAGAACACUUUCAGUAAGAUCUUCUGCUAGAUCGUACCGUUUCAGCAGCAACGAAGAAGAUACAUCAAGAUGGCCAGGAAGUGCGCGUUCGUCCUUCUCGUCCUGUCGUUGGUUAUAAGCACCGUUCUCUGCCAAACCUUCCAGUACAGUCGUGGAUGGACCAACGGCAAGAGGUCCGCGUUCCCGAACUCGUUGGACAUCUCAAACCCAGGGGACGAGCGUUUCGCCAACAGCGAGCUCAAGAGACUGAAGCUGCUGGUGUACGGGAACGUUGACGAACAACCGCUGCUGAUCCAUUGUGAUUUCGUGGACAAACUGAGAAAGCACGCGGAUAAUUACGCCGCUCAGCUGCGCCAAGAGAAGGGACAGAACGAUGACAGUUUCUAAAGCGGACACUCGGCAUGACGAUCAUCAUACAUAAUUAUAUAGAUAAUUUGUUUCCAAAAGACGUAUUCGCUGCAUAUUCUUAAUGGUGCUCAUUUAGUUCUAGUCAAAUCGGAAUAAAUUAUUAAUGCACGUAAA